GGUUGCCCGCAGGAAGGAAAUUUGGGUACUGUGGUGGAGGAUGAGGAAGGAAGGCAUUUCGUGGUGAAUGAGGAAGUGAACAAAGUAAAGGAUCAAUGGCUGAGGGAGAAGUCAGUAAUGGUAGUCUUCCAGGGGGAGGCAAGGAAUCUGUCGAGGGCAGUAAAGCAAGACUUGAUUAGAGCCUACGAGGAUGGCUGGACGGCCAGGAAACUGUUUCAACCAAAAGCAAGGGGCGGGAGGGUCAAGUUUGAAGGGCAGAACGUCGCAUCAUAUGUGGCUAAAUCCAAGGACAUAGCCAUCUGGUUGAUCAAGCAGAAGGAGAUGAAAAUUAAGCUUGACGACAAUAAAGAGUACAUCGUGACGUUCAAACCGCGGCUGUUGAAGAAGGAAAUGCAAGACCACCGCAUCGUGGAGGCGGAAUCAAAGUUUUGGAUAAUGGCUCUGAGAGUGCCACUUGACGCUUACUACUUCCUGGGAAGUGCAGUUGUGGGUCUGUUUGGGGAAAUCACGGAAAUGCACCCGCCCGAAUACGAUAGAGAUAAACCGAAACUGAUGAAUGUGAAGAUCGACAUGCCGGCCAGCUCCAUAUCAAAAAUUGAUGAUGUACUUGUAAUUCAGUCACCAGAGGGGAAACGCUGGAAGGUGGACAUAGUGACCCCAUACACAGACUGGUGCCGCCGUUGCAGGUGGUACUUCCACAUGAAAGACAGAUGCCCCCGAAACAGACAGACAGAGGAGGGUCGCAGUAACAAUGGAGAAAGACAGGGGGGGCACAAUGAGAGGUACAAACAACAUUUGGAAAGUCAAGGCGGAGGGACGCAAGGAGUGACGAGGGAAAACGCAGGCAAUCACGCGUCACAACAGCCCUCAAGAGAGGGACAGGGACGAAUGGGGGAGGCGUCCAGACAGGAGGGAACCGGCAGGAGGACCAACUUGGGUAGAACAAGUGGCUCCGGGGGCCCUGCCCCCCGGGGCCCCAGCCAAGUGCUGGGGGGUGAGGCAAGGGAAGCUACUGUGGAUGAGAGGGACACACACCGGUCAGAGCGGGUGUACAAGGGUUCAAGAGACCAGCAGGAAGAGGAGCUGAGGCACACCCAGUUUCAAGUGGAGGAGACGUACUCAAGGCCACGGAGAUGGGGGGAAGCACAAGAGAUGGAACAGGGAAGAACUUUCACACAUCCGUGGUCCAUGAGAGAAGAGUGGACACAGAGUAACGCGCAGGGGCUUGUCAACGAGGCUGGCCCCAGUGGAACGCCUUGGGGUGAACUGGGUAAUGCUCGGAUGCAUGCGCAUUGGCAAGACCCGUAUUCUGGGUAUCAAGAAAUGAGACCAGGGAAUGGGUUUCAGCACUGCAUUGCACCGCCUCCCCGCACGCAACAGAUCAAGAUUGAGAGGCCGAUCCUCGGCUAUCCUUCGGAAGCCUAUGAUUGGAGAAACUACGUACCGCAGCCCGCGAGCAAAGGGGGACCGCCUCCGUGUCAUAGCAGAUGGGAGGAGAGAGGAGGAUCGAUAAGAAGAACGCAGAAAGGAUACAAUGGGAGGUGGGAAACAGGCAGGGAGGAUAGCUAGCGGAACAGAGGAGAUACGUCGCAACCCUGGCGCCGUAACAUGACAACUCAAUGUCCGGGAAUUAGGGAAGAGGGGGGCAGCCAGGGACACUGGGACGGGGUGACACCGGACAGAAGAACAGAAAAAGCAAGGGUGGAUCUGUCGAGGACGCCGGAAUCAUCCCAGUCAAGAAUCAAGUGGGGAAGUGACUGCUUCGAAGACUAUGGGGAUACAUGCAAAGCGGACGUUACAUCUUCCGUGGAGAGUUCAGCAGGGUCGGGGGUUAGGAAGCAGACGGGCCAAGUCAAGUGCUGUGGAAGAAUACCGGACAAGAGUCAGUGUGCAGCCACAUUGGAGAGGAACCAAAUGGAAGCGGUGGAGAGGUGCUUAGUCCCAAUUUUGUGCACGAGUUCUGAGGACGGGGUGAAGUUCCUAUCUCUAUUGAACACAUAAGGGGUUCCUCAUAUCCCCUCCAAGGUGAUCGAUAAAACCCCAACACCGGC